AUGCAGGCUUCUCGAACUGCGCCCGGAACGAGCACCAGACAACUCACACUGAUCCGGCAGCAGCGCAAGAAGAUCGAGCGCGAACUUGCCAAUGUGUGCAAAGAUAUCGUCAAGCUGCUUGAGAAGCAGCUUUUGCCAGCUGCGAGGCAAGGCGAAGAGCGCGUGUUCUACUCCAAAAUGAAGGGCGACUACUAUCGAUAUCUGGCCGAGUUCGCACACGAGGUUGAAAGGGAAUGGUACGCUGAUGAAUCCUUAAACGCAUACAAACAUGCGUAUAGACAUGCGAUGUCUACUUUGGAGUCUGUGCACCCUACCAGAUUGGGACUGGCAUUAAAUUUCGCUGUUUUCUAUCACGAUGUUCGAAAAAGUCCCGAAAGAGCGUGUCAUUUGGCCAAGAGCGCGUUCGACGAUGCUGUCAUGUCGUUGGACUCGGAGUCUGCAGACGCCGCGAUGGCACAAACAAUUCGUGAUUCCCUCCAGAUUCUGCAACUAUUGAGAGACGAUUUAGUAUUAUGGUCUAAAGAGAUACAGUAG